UUCUAUGACUCGUUAUUUAAUUCUUCUUGGACUUUUCAAUCUUGUUCAUCUUAGUGAAAUAUGUAAAACACUUUAAGUUAGUACAAAUCUCAAAAAGUCACAAGAUGAUAUCAUCUCCUAAGGUAUCACAUCAAAACAAUGGAGUAGAAAAGCAAGUAUAAUUUAUUAUCACUUAAUAAAAUAGAAAAUCCAAUUAUAGUACCUGCUUAAUAACAUGUAGAUUAUAUUUAUAUAACAAGUGAUAAUCCAAAUUUAUCACUUGAAAACUUUUAAUUAAUAUUUGAUGAUCACUAUUAUGCUGAUUCAACAAUUAGAUUGGAUCAUAGAUUAAAUGGAAAGCAUACUGAAUACGCAAUAGAAAUCAAUUAUUAAUGUAAGGAAUAUGGAGGAACCCUUAUUAAUUAUGAAAUGUAAUUUUAAGUACCUGAAUGUGGGGAUGCAUAAAUAUUUUGGAAGAAAUUUUGUGGAAAUCCUCUUACCUUAAGAGAAGGUUUUAGUGUAGAUAUGGUCUAUAAGAAUUACAGAUAAGAAAUAAUAAAAAAUUCAGAAAUAAUUAAUGCUUCAUACUUUGACUCUGAUUUAGACAAUUACGUGUUCAAUGUUUCAAGAGAUAUAAAUGUUAUUAAAUUUAUCCUUUAAAUGAAAACUAAUUAAUAAUCAGAUGAAUUACCUGAAGGAUUUGUAACAGAUGUGGAAACUUUAAAGAAAAUUCCAGAGGUUAAUCUAACUUAGCCUUAUGUAGAUGUAGAAAUGGAGAAUGUUACAAAAUCAUGGUUUGAAGGAUAAUUAUCAAAUGGAGGUUUAAUAACCAAUAAAGAAAGUGAACUUACAUUAAAUUUUAAAUGUGUUGGUCUUGGAACAUCUAAAAUCGAGAUUACUUUUCCAUUUUAAUAUUUUAAAGAUAUCACUCUAGUAAUUGUUAAAGAUUGCAAUUAUGCAUUCAAAGUUUAAAAUGUAAUCAAUGCCAAAUACUAGGAGGGUGAUACAAAAUGUAAUUUACAACUAAUAUUAUUAUAGCAUUUGCUGUUUAUAUAAUUAUAUUCAUUGUUGUUUUUGGUUUGAUUAUCAAUCUCUGUAUUGGAAGAAAGAAAGGAUUGGCAAAUAUCCCUUUUUUUACUUCAAUAAUUAGUUUACUUCUUUGUAUAACAUGUCAAUAAAGAACGUAUUAAUAUAUAUUAAAUUCUAGAUGUAUUGGUAAAUGUAUUAGAAAAAGCUUUGGUUUGACUGGAGAAACAUUUUUACCUAAUGAUGAACCAGAUGAAACCUUUUCUUCUGGUUAGAAAUAGUUUUAUGGUUCUAUAUGA